AUGUUAUGGUGGAAACAAUUGGAAAGCGCACAAGAAAACGUAAUGAUGAUUGAACAAGAAGAACAAAGAAAAUAUUAUACAAAUAACACGACAAUAACCCUUUCGCAUCCUACUAGAGACCCGGUGUUGCAAGAUAAUCUUCUUAUUGCUAAUCUAGAACAAGUAAAGACUUUACAGGCGUCUCUCUUUCCCAUAUGCAACAAAGGGACAUUAAUAUCGAGCUUUCUUCAGAACAACAUUAAGACAAAUCAGUUAGAGAUAAACACGGAUGUUAAAACUUUCCGUACCACCGCCAAAUUAAAAGAGCCUAGGGAUUUAUUCGCUUUACCCAAAGAACUAGACUGCCCACAGCAAGCACCACGGUGGCCGUCAGAAUGCCAAGUAGUGGAGGAAAGGAUACAGCACAUAACCUGGAGUCCUGCAAGCCCAGAGCCAUACUAUAUUCCUACAGGGAAAGAAUUGCGACCACAACCAGUCGGAGAAGAUGCAGGAACUGUGAUUUUUCAGUAUUACCCAAUGAGUGCAGUUAAUUAUUUUAGUCGGUCUACAGUGGGAGGGUCCAGAAUGUUUAUAUCUGCUUGCACCAGUGCCAGCGGUGACGAUGAAUUACGGUUUGAAUCUAGAUUUGAAAGCGGUAACCUCGCAAAAGCUAUACGUAUAACUUCCGCCUAUUACGAGUUACAUCUUCGGACUGAUCUUUACACGAACAGGCAUAUGCAGUGGUUCUACUUUCGAGUGACAAAUACUAAGAAGCAAAUGAUGUAUAGGUUCUCUAUAGUUAAUUUAUCAAAAGCUGAAAGUCUGUACAACGAAGGUAUGCGUCCUUUGUUGUACUCGACGAAGGAUGCACAGUUACAUUCAAUUGGAUGGAGGCGAUGCGGCGACAAUAUAGCGUAUUAUAAGAAUGAUUCCACAUGUGAAGAAGAAGAACAAUUUCCAAGUUACACACUAACAUUUAAUAUUGAGUUUCCGCACACGGACGAUGCCGUCUACAUAGCACAUUGCUAUCCAUACACUUACUCGGAUCUACAAGAGUACCUGUCAAAAUUGCAAGCUCAUCCUGUCAAGUCGACUUAUUCAAAAUUAAGACUGCUUUGCCGGACCCUAGCUGGAAAUAACGUGUAUUACCUAACAAUUACCGCUCCACAAAAUUGUAAUGAAACGGAGCAAAAAAAAAAGAGAGCAGUCAUCAUAACAGCCAGAGUGCAUCCCGGCGAAACACCGUCGUCAUGGAUGAUGAAGGGCUUCAUCGAUUAUUUGACGGGGGAUACAAAUCAAGCGCGCGAAUUGAGAGAGAAAUUUAUAUUUAAACUAGUUCCAAUGUUAAAUCCGGAUGGUGUAAUUGUGGGCAACAAUCGAUGUUCGUUGACCGGAAAGGAUCUAAAUAGACAGUACCGGACGGUGAUAAGAGAAACCUACCCACCAGUAUGGCACACCAAAGUAAUGAUACGAAGACUGCAGGAAGAAUGUGGGGUAGCGAUGUAUGUAGACUUACACGCGCAUUCUCGGAAACACAAUAUUUUCAUAUACGGUUGUGAAAGCCGCAGAAAUUCGGAUAAACGCUUACAAGAGCAAGUAUUUCCUUUGAUGUUACAUAAAAAUGCCGCUGAUAAGUUUUCUUUCGAACAUUGUAAAUUUCGAAUACAACGCAGCAAAGAGGGGACUGGUAGAGUUGUUGUUUGGAUGUUAGGAGUCUGCAAUAGCUACACCAUGGAAGCAUCAUUUGGAGGAACGGAGUUAGGAAGCAGAAUGUCAACGCAUUUUUCAGUACAAGACUAUGAAAAUCUUGGGCGAACGUUCUGUGAAACUUUAUUGGACUUUUAUGAUGAAGAUCCAAGUAAAGAAAAACUGAGAAACAAAAUCGUUACAAGAUUACUGAAAGAAGGCUCUAAUGCGGACGAACCAACAAAUAUUGAUCUAUCAGAUUAUUCCAGUGAUGAAGGAGAUACUUCAAACAGCAGUUCUGAAGCGGAUGUAAUUAGGGAAAGCGGGGUGAUAAUUCAAAAAGCUCCACCUCCUUCACCAUUAUUACCUGAUCAGAGUAAAAAUAUAAUUAACAAACCGAAUAAACAAAGGAUGAAAUUAGAAAAAUUAAAAACGGAUAAAAGAAGGACAAAACGAGAAACCAUGCAGGUGUCACGGGCAACAGUAGAUCUUACAUCAGAUGCAUUAUCUGAUGCUUCAUCAGAUGAAUCUUAUGGAGAGAAUUUGAGCCCCAUGAGACGGGUUCACAAAUUACUACUUUCUACAGCAAAAGUAAAUCCGAAAAGAAAAAAGAAAAUGCCACCGGAGCUUAAAAUCUUUCCAAUGCCGACAAGUGAUUCGCCACACAAUUCGGAUCGAGAAAAAAAGUCAUCGAAAUGUGGACGACCACGCAGUGUAUCAAUGUUUAACGACCCUAUUGGAAAACACAGACUAAGUCCAGCUUCUUGGCAUCAGUUCAGACACUUACCACCACCAAAAUGUCUUUCAGAAAUUAAAAACAGGAAUAUGCAGCCAUCAGAACUACAAGUAAAACUUAACUCACUAAAGAAAAAUGUAUGGACGGGUGUACAGUGUGAAGAUAAAGGACCGUUAUCAUGGGGUGUUUCGAGUUUUGCCAUGAAUUCAUAUUUUACUGACAGCGAUUCUUUGCUCAGGUCUUGUUCAAAAAAAUUGGAAAUACUGGAGAGUGAAUAUAAUAAACCUAAAGAAGAAAAGAAAAAGAAAAAAUCAAAAACAAAAAAGAUCUCUAUGAAAGUGCCAAACUCCGAUAAUGUUCUAGAAAGUAAACCGCCUAAAAUUGAUAAGAAAAAAGGAAAGUUAAAACAUGCCAAAUCGGAGAUUUUGAGUAAUAUGAAUAGUACCAGCUUUACAGAUAUACCACGCAAUACGCAGCAACAAACGCAAAGAAUAGGAGAUGCCAAGCCUAUAAAGACAUUUAGAAAAAGCGCCUUCGUAGCAACUGCCAUACAAAAUCAGAAAAACAGUAAAACAAAUUGCUCUCCUAACAGCGAUAACUCCGAUUCUGAUGAAUUCAUUCUAGUAAGAAAGAAAAUUAAGAAAAGAACAAAAAACAAUAGAAAUAAGUUACAAAAAGCAGCAACAGAACUGAAAUUGAAAAAUUAA